GAAUCGUCCUCCUCGUUCUCAGUAUCGCACAUCACCACUGCAAAGAUGGCAUUCGCUCUCCGCUCCUUGUUUCUCCUUUGCGGGAUCAGCGCACUGUUGACCGGAGUUCGGUCUCUCGCUAAGAUUCCACAGAAAGACAACAACUGUCCCAAAGGUUGGACUCGCUUGGACUGUUUCUGUUACAUCUUCCAAAGUGAAGCGAGGGAGUUUGCAGACGCAGAGUCUGUCUGCCAAAUCAUCCACGGGAAUCUGGUCUCCAUCCACAGCAACCUGGAAAAUGCAUUUGUCCUUGAGCUGAUUCGAGCGGGUGGUGAGGAAGCCCAAUCCUUUAUCGGAUUCCAUGAUUCAAUUAUGAAUGGUGACUACAUAUGGACUGAUGGCUCUGAGCAAGAUUUCCUCAACUUUGAUGAAGAUGCUUCUCCAGACCCAGAGCCCAAUAGCAACACUGGUGACUGUGUGGUGAUGGAUGAGUCUGAUGGCCUUUGGGAAACGGCUGACUGCACGGUCGCCCAAACAUACCUGUGCAUCACCGAUGUGCUCUCCCACUAAUCGCCAGCGCUCAUCUUCCUGUCAUCGCUCGCAGUGGAGUUCCUUAAUCAUGAAGACUCCGUCAAAUGAUUCCAAAUUUUAGUGGUGUCGUCGUAUUUCUGGGCUUACUUUUCAACAUUUCUCCUUCCACAAGGCUUGAUUGUUAUUGUCAACAAAAUUGCUAAUGACAAAGAGCAUCUCUCUGACAAAUGAAGGAAUUUGCAUCAAAA